AUAUUUGUCCAUGAGUUUAUAUGGAUACUGUGUAUUUUUCUCGUGUCAUUCAAAUACAUAUGGAUAUUGUGAAAUUUACGUACUUUAUACUAACGAAAGUACAAACCAAUUAGGCUAUACUCACAGUAGUAUUAACUAAGUUUCUGAAGAUUUUGGUACGAAUAAUCUUUUGUACAAGGAUAAUUUAUGCAAUCACUAUGUGUUGAUACUGAACUGGUCAAACUCGAAUCUAAUAUAGUAAUAGUAAUAUGUAUUAAGAAUUUUGAGAUAGAAUAAUAUCAUGGGUUAAACAACAAGUCCAAAUCAACGAGUGAAAAAGACUGAUCGUGACAGCAAUUUAAGAUAUCUAACUCUUUAGCGUGAAGGACGGAUCAGUGAAGAAAUUUUUUUUUUUUUUUAAAAAGGGACUGAUCAGUAAAAAGAAGAGUAGAUCAGUAAAGAAAUAAGAUAUUUAGAAAAAAAGUAAGUAUUCGAAAAUGAUCGUAAGAUAACGGUUUCACGAAAAUUACACUUCAGUUAACCAAACCGUUACCUUGUUACUAUAUAUAGGUCCAAAUGCACAACUAUAAUACCUUGAAUUUGAACAAUUACUUCUUUUAUGUAUACCAAUUAGGCAAUUAAUAUAUUGUUUCAAAAUAUAAAGUUUCACAUCUAUUGAAUGCAUUCAUGUUAACUAUAUCCAAACUUUAAGCAAAAAAAAAAAACAAACUUCGCAUCAUAUUUACAAUCUAUUAACCAGAAUUGGUUCAAUAUACCAAAUUCUAUUCUAGAAAUCAUACAGAGAUCAUCUAUGUAUUAUUUUAGAAGUAUUGUUAAAAAGUAUGUUAAUCACAUUUGCGUUUAUUCUUUGAUUUUGACACUGGCGCAUAUACAAAAUUGAAAAAUAUCCUUAUAAAUUUUCCAAAUAAAUGUUGGUAGUUUUUCUAUGUAGAGUUAUUUCUCCCAAUAUAGAUAACUGAAGUAUCCUCUUAUAAACCACACAGUCCACACAUACAUUUUUCAUGCUAAAAUAUGAUUUUGCAUUUUCCGCCAAAAUAUUGUUUUAAUUUCUUUAAAUUUAGCGUCAGAACUUAUUUCUAUAUUUUACCAAUAAAAUUAAACAUGCAUUUUUCUUUAUAAAUUUGAUUUAAUAUUUUGAAAAAAAAUAUAUAUCACAUAAUUCUUUCCGAUGAAAUAUUUUUGUAUUUCCCACUUUUUUGAAAAUACAAUUUUAUCUUUUCUCUGCAUAAAUUAUAUUUUAUAUUUCAGAUAAAAUGAUUUUAUAGCUUUUUAAUUUUUUGUAUUUUUAGAAAUUAUUUUGCAUUUUUCAAAUAAACUACACAUUAUCAAGAUUUUGCAAAAAAAAUAUUAAACUGCAUUCAGAAUAAAAUAUAGUAAUAAUAUAUUAUACUUAGUAAUAGAUUUUAGUUAGUAAAUUGUUCCUAGAUCAUAAUAGGUAAUCCUAUAAAACAUCAUAUGUAAGUAGGAAUCUCCCUGUCUUAUAUCCACUAUUUUCAGCUAAAAACAAAUCAGGUUUAUAGGUUUUACUUCCUAUCACAAUACUGUAGUAGAUUGAAACUCAAGUGAAUCCCAACUGUUUUAGUCCGAUACCACAGGGGAUCUUGCUGACCUUUAAGAAAACCACGGCAAACUAUCAUCCUAUGUUUGAUUUGGAAGCUGACUCUUGAGGUCUUCUGUGUUUUCUGUUUUCCUAUACGUUGGUUGUUGGUUCAGGAGGAUUAUCUGAUGCUGGCUUAUAUUAUUUGUUGUGGGACUAAUAUUUUUUUUUUGUAUUCGCCGACUUUUGACUAAGGAGAAUUGGUUGAUACCUCAUAUGAAACUAAUCCAAAUAUGAAUAGAAUAAAAACAAGAUGCUAAAAGAACUAAAUUUUUAUAUAGGUUUCUGCUAUUACCGGGUAAACCAGGUUUUAACAUCUCAAUAUAGACUUUGAAUGGUAACAUUCGUCCCGCACUGCACCGCAGUUAACAAUAACAAAAAUUUCUAUAUAUACCAUAUAUCUAUACGUUUUUAUAACUAUCAGAACUGCACCGCAGUCAAACCGCUUGUCUCGUACCGUUCAAUCUGCUGUUACCAUUCGGUGCCAUAGUAUACAAAAAGAGAAAAUAGUCCAAGAAUAUUAUUAUCUAAGAGCCUUUAAUCUCUACCUCUAGUGGUACCUAUGAGAAUAGUCAAACCGAAUAUGAGUAUCAAAUUUACUGACUUGUAAUCUAGUCACGCAGUUAUAUAGGUGGCCUUUCACCAGCCACCAUCUUAAAUUAUGUGACUAAAUAUUGACAUACUUCUUCUCGGAUUAUUCUAUUCACAUAACCCUUACAAAAAUCCAGACAUACUUUUGUCGCCGUUGGUUACUUUAUCUUUGUCAGUUAUAUAAUGUUUAUAAUCGAAUUGAUCAAAAUAAUAAUAAUAAUAAUAAUAAUGUUUAUAUUCGAAUAAAAGUGAAAAUGGAUAACCUUUGCUUGGACCUACUGAGCAUGUGGAUAUAAGUCGGUCCGACUAAUAUUCCCAUGUGGGCAAUGCCUAUAUUUGUCGACCUUAUGACCUUCAAUUAUUAUAUACUAUGUAACAUUGCUAACCAAGAAAUGCUCUCUGGUGACAACUUUCGAAUGGCGAUUGACUGUUUCUGUUUAUUUAAGUCGGGGAACGAAUGUUCUUAUAUAAGACUAUUAGUUUUUCGUUGAAUCUUGUAAACGUUGUCACUAACAAAAAUUUCAGCGUUUUAUUUAUUUUGAAGAUUAUAUUGAGCUACGACUAGAAAUUUUCGGCACACGAAAAUGAGAUCAAAUAAAUGGUGUUACUUAGUAACUUUUCUCCAUUGAUGAGACUCGAAAUCAUGACGUUGAAAAGUAUUUAUCGUUUCUGUGUUAUUAGACUCAUUUUAGUCAAAAAGUUAUUAGACUCAAUAAAUAAUUUAAUUAACAAAUUACCUACUGAAAUAUAUCAAUAUGUACAAGAUUACAUUGAUAUAACGUGUAAGGAAAGACAUCCACAUACAUGCGUUGGACAGGAACAGAAAGAUCAAAUGGGUUUUGGAUAACUUGUCGGCGAUUUUACUAAAAGAAAAACAAGACCGCCCCAUAGUGUCUCACUCGUAUUCUUUUCGACGUGGUCCGUCAGAAGAAAUGUUUCUUCCUCUCCCUUUUCCAUUACUUUUCUCGGCUUAUAGUCUCUAUUAUGAGAACUUAUCAGCGCUUACAAAUAUUCAUUCCACCAAAUAUAUAUGGGGAGGGAUCAAAUUAUAGUCAAAAGUCAAAACUUAAUGAGUACGUAGGAGAAAAACUAAGGUGCAACCUUACGCACAAAUUGUAUACCUAUUUUAUCUACCUUUUGGGAGAAGGCGUGAACCUACGUCAUGAUAACUUAAUUUGUUUUCAAUAUUUUGUAUAAAAAAAUUAUAGAUAUUAUUAGUUUCUUGAAAAUGACAAUACCCUAAGAACUUAAAACUGAAAAUUAAAGAUGGGAUACUCAAAUUUUGCAGUCGGGAAUAUAUAACUUAUAAAUAUGCAACUUAACAAAUUGAAGAUAUUCGUGAAAAUAAUUUACUUUCUAAAAUUAUAACCUUCUGACAUGUUUAUAGUUUUUUUCUUUCUUUGCCAGUAUGUUUAAUCCAUCUCGAAAUAGUCGUAUAUCACAUAGAUUGAAAGUAUAAUUAUAGCUAGAUCUUGAUCCGCGCCCCCGCGCGGGUGUUGGAUUUAACUUGCGUUCAAUGUAAAUUUAUAAACCACUGAUUUUAUAAAAUGUCCAUUAAUAUUUUUAUGUUUUGUAAAAUAUAUUUAGAGUAGAAUAUAUUGUAUUAUAAUAUAGAUGCUUGAUAAUAAAUUUUUAUCUGUACGUAAUAUUAUAUUUAUAAUUUUAUAAUUUGAUGCAAUUUGAUGUAAUUGUAAUAUUCAUAUAUUAACCUAUUAAUUUAUUUGUUUAUUUAUUUAAAAAUGAUUUAAUUUUUUACAGUAGGUUUUUAUGAAUUAUUAUAAAUUUUAUGAUAUUUGGUUUUCUUGAAAAUUGUAUUGUAGCAGAUUAAUAUAUACUAUAUAUUACAGUUUUUAUUUUCAGCAAAAAGAAAUAACAAUUCAUUAUAAUUAAUUAAUUUUAAUUUUUGAUUUUAAGUGAAGGGGCAGAUUUGUAAAUAAAGAAGAAAUGCAAUGGCUAAAUGUAUAAAUAAAAAGAAAUAUUUAAUCUGGUAUCCGUGUUUCCAAAAAAAUUCCAUUUAAUUUGCUAUCCAAGUUUCCAAACGAUAGAAUCUAUAAAUGAAAAAGAAAUAUAGUGAUUAAAUAUGUAAAAAAAAAAAUUAAUUUGCUAUCUUUGUUUCCAAACAACUUUCAUUUAAUCUACUAUUUAAAUUUUUAAAAGUACCUUCAGUUUUAAUAAUACAGAUAUGUAAUGUUGUAAAAAAAAACUUAUUUGUAUAAUCGUGUAUAUGGUUUACUUUUAAAUUAAGCUGAAUCUUCUGUUUUAAUAUAUACUUUUACAUUUCUAUAAUUGCUACUAAAAACAUCUUUUACAUAUAAGAUGCCGUUUGUGUUUUUUUCCUUGGUAAUGAGGUAUAAACAUUAGAAAAUUUGACGGUUGUGAAAACCGUUGACGAAUAUCAACAAUAAAUAGCAAAACCAAAUUGAUGAUUUGGAAAAUAUAUACCUAUAUAUAGUCUAAAGCAUAUAGAGGGCUAUAACAUGGAGUAGUCUCGCAUGAGAAUCUGGACUAGUUGACAUUUUAUAUUAUACUAUAGUAAACCUUAAUAGUUUGCGGGCAAAUCGAAAUAGAAGACUACACAAUGGCACUGCUCUGUCACCAGAAGGAAUUUUCAAGCAGUUGGAUCGAUUCAACCAUGAUGCUAUCCUUGGACACAAGAAAACAAAGCUUUUGAUCACCUAAUGCGCGUGGCUCGGGCAUGCGUACGAGGCUGUCUACAUUGCACUUUGGUCAAAAAAUCCCGUAGACUCAAACUUGUUUUAGUUGACUCUAACUAGUUCUACAUUACAAACUAGCAUCAUUUUAAUAUGACAUUCACAUAUUUGGCAAAAAAAACUUAUGUCCAACUUUUUAAAUCCUUAAUCAACCAUACAUGUAAAGUAAAUUCCUAAUGGUCCCUCAAAUAUAGAUGUUCACCUGAGAAGUUCGAUCGUUGGGUCAGUUGAAUAACCUGUAUCGUAAUUAGUGCUUUUGUGUGUCCGUGCAUGAGUUUUAUAAUACAAAAAUAUGACUCAGAUUUGGCUUUCAUUUUUGUUGUGGAUCCCAUCAUGUUCUCUCCACUGACCCAACCUACUCAAUCCUUAACAUCUUCAUCAUAUUUUGCCUCUCUAAUUUUAUCUAUAAAUAGAAAAGUCUCAUUGCACACAAAUCAUCAUACUCUCUCAGCUUCAUCUCAUUUUGCAUAUCUCUUUCUCGAUCUCUCGCAAACUCCACAAUUUACCUUUUCUCCUUAAUCACCUGUUAUGGCGAAUUUAAUUCUUAAGAAAACUCUUAUCAUACUCUUAGUCAUAUUUGCAUCACCAAUCUUUAGUACUCAGGCUCGAAUCCUCCAUGAUGAUCGAGUUGCAAACAUGGGCACUAUGGAUAGUCAUGUUCUGCUACGGGAGCUCGGGUUUGAUCUCUCCAAGUUCAAAGGUCAUAACGAGAGGAGAUUUCUAGUGAAUUCGGACAGGGUUUCACCGGGAGGACCUGACCCGCAACAUCAUCACUGAAUGGCCCUUACGAAUAUGUACACUUCACCCGAAGUUAAAGCACAAAUAAUUGUGACUGAUCCAUGCAAGUCAUUUGAAUAUCGCUAUUAUGCUUUCUUUCUUUUUUCCUCAUCAUAAAUCUUACGUACAAUUUUGUUGUAUCAAGGUUUUGGUAUCCUUGUACCUCCUUAUUUAUACAUCAAACUUUUACUAUGUAUGUUUUCGUGUGUCUCCAAUGAGUUACCUUUUAUGUAACAGCAAUUGGCUAUAAAUAAUACACCCCGGUGUUUUCCGUGAGAGUUUUA